AUGGAAAACUAUAGUGAAGUAAUGGCAGAUAUUCAGUCAUAUAUCAAAGAGUACAAUGUCAGUACGGGCAAAUGCACUGUCACGCUGCCACACUGGUACAAAUUUCAGGAUUAUAUCGCGUCUGAGGGGGUUGUCGAGAGAUAUUAUGGACAGCUAACCAUUGAGAUCGACAACCACGAGCCACAGCGUUUCAAACCGUGCUUGUUUCAAAUUAAGCGGGAUCCUAGCCCACAUAAAGUGUGUUCACAGCAAUAUGUACUGGAUGCAGAGGAAGAAGGCACUACGCCUGUUCAUCGCUUCAAAUAG